UUUUUCUUGUAUACGAGUCGGAGUAUAAAAAUAGAUAAGUGUAUCUAUUGUGAGGUUGGUAAUGCUAUACUACUUGUUUGGUUCUCAUGGAAGCAAGAACUCACAUAGCCCUAGUCACUAUCCCUGUCAUUAGCCAUCAAGUUUCAAUUCUCGAGUUUGCUAAAACAUUAGUUAAUCUUUACAAAAACAUUUUCCAUGUCACAUGCAUCAUUCCCACAAUUAGUAAUUCUCUUUCCAUAUCUUCCAAACCCUUCUUUGAUACCCUCCCUUCUAACAUACAAUGCAUUUACCUUCCUCCAACUAACUUUGAGGAUAUAAUAAGGAAUGAGGUUGUGCUUGAAUCUCAAGUUCAAAUAUCGGUUACUAGAUCUAUGCCUUUAGUGCGUGAAACCUUAAGGUCAAUAAUUAGUACUAGCUCAAAUAAUAUGGUUGCUCUAAUUGUUGAUGCAUUUGCACAUGAAGCACAUGAAUUUGCUAAGGAAUUGAACAUCUUAUCCUACACAUAUUUUCCAUGUUCGGCAAUGGUAUUAUCAAUGUGCCUAUACUCCUCAAAGUUGGAUGAAACAAUUACUUGUGAGUACAAAGAUCAUCCCCAACCAAUAGAGAUUCCAGGUUGCAUAUCUGUCAAUGGCACAGAUCUCCCAGACAGUGUUCAAGAGAGAACCAAUGUAGCUUACAAAUUAUUUCUUCACCGCUCCAAACAACUUCGUCUAGCUGAUGGCAUCAUUAUCAAUACCUUCCUUGAAAUGGAAUCAAAAGCAUUAAAAGCAAUAUCCCAAAAUGGUAUACUAUAUGGUACCACCCCUAAUGUGUAUCCAAUUGGGCCCAUCAUACAAACAAGGACCACAAUUCAAAAAAACAAGUCCAAAUGUUUACUAUGGUUAGAUAACCAACCACCUAACUCAGUUCUCUUCAUUUCAUUUGGAAGUGGUGGCACACUUUCACAAGACCAAAUAAAUGAACUUGCUUUGGGAUUGGAAUUUAGUAACUAUAAAUUUUUAUGGGUUAAUGUGAAACCACCAAAUAAUAAAGCCACUGCUACUUACCUAAGUAAUGAAGAAGUGGACCCAUUACAUUUUUUACCUUUGGGCUUUUUACAAAGAACAAGAGGACAAGGUCUUGUUAUGUGUGAUUGGGCCCCACAAGUUGAAGUCCUUAAGCACAAUGCAGUUGGUGCAUUUUUAACUCAUUGUGGUUGGAAUUCAAUUUUGGAGAGUAUUAUGCAUGGAGUGUCAAUGAUAGCUUGGCCAUUAUUUGCUGAACAAAGAAGCAAUGCUGCAUUGGUAACUAAUAGCCUCAAAAUUGCUUUGAGAGCAAAAUGUAAUAGCAAAGGCAUAGUAGAAAAGGAGGAAGUUGCUAAUCUCAUAAAGGGUGUGAUGGAGGGUUUGGAGAGUGAAGAAAUUAGAAGAAGAGUGAAAAAACUACAAAAGUUUGCUAAUUGUGCUAUGAUGGAAGAUGGGUCAUCCAUGAAGACGUUAUCUAUGUUGGCACUCAAAUGGAUGGGCUUGGGAAGGCCCAUAGAAAAUUAAUGCGUGGCCAAUAUGUGGUCCAAAUAAGUUUUGGUCAAUAGACUAAUUUUAUUCUAAAUUAUGUGUAUGUGUGUAUGAUUUUUAAUUUUUACUAACUUUGCUCUUAUAUAUUUUUCAA